AUGAUCACUAUUGUUUUAGUCUAUGAUGAGAUGGGGAAUAUAUUUGUGAAGAAACCUAAAGUAACUGAUGUGGAUCGUGCAAUUCUAGCACUCAAGACCCAGAGACGCAAACUUGCUCAAUAUCAACAAAAGCUUGAUGCUGUUAUUGAAGCAGAAAAGCAAGCUGCACGAGACUUGAUUCGUGAAAAGAAGAAAGAUAGGGCCUUGUUGGCAUUGAAGAAAAAAAAGACGCAAGAAGAAUUGUUGAAGCAAGUUGACGCCUGGCUUAUAAAUGUUGAGCAACAAUUAGCAGAUAUUGAACUGGCAAGCAAGCAGAAAGCCGUGUUUGAAAGUUUAAAGGCUGGUAAUCAUGCAAUGAAAGCCAUACAAAGUGAGAUAAACAUUGAGGAUGUUCAGAAACUUAUGGAUGAAACUGCUGAAGCUAAAGCUUAUCAAGAUGAAAUUAAUGCAAUACUUGGGGAGCAACUAUCAGCAGAAGAUGAAGAAGAGGUUUUGGCAGAGUUUGAGAACUUGGAAACACUGCUUGCAGUCGAAGAUCUUCCCGAAGUUCCUACCACAGUUCCUGAAGAGAUUAAUGAAAAGUUGGACCUUCCUGAUGUUCCAACCAAGGCACCAGUUACCAACGAUGCUGAAGUAACUAUAAAAAGAACAGUUACGGAAGAACCAUUGGAAGCUUGAAGAACAUUGUGAAUUUGUGACAGAAACACUUCAACUGCUUUGAAAAUCAAAGUGGAGCUACUGGAGUUUUGAAUGGUUUUAGUAUUUGUUGUGAAAUUUAAUUUGUACAGAUGUGCAUAUAUGAUACUUUUUCCAUUUCUAUUUGGUAAGGUUUUUUCACAAAAAAAAUAAAUAUAAAUGACCAAAGGAGUGAAAUAAUUUUACCGAUCAUCCUUAAACAAGUGGUAAAUGCUUGUUUGCGUGUGCAUGCAUACACAUGUUUGUAAAACUUAAGUUAGCAUGGCAAAUAUGUUAGGCCUUGGUCAAGGAACAAUAA